AUGUCUUCUUCGUCGCAUCCAGACCAACGGCGCACCCCUGAGCCCAAAGUCGAACAUCCGGACCGAUCGGAGCCAAUGGGUUCCUCUUCGUCUUACGAACACCUGCCGUGUCUCCGCCAGGUCCCGAGCACAGCACCAAGUGACACGCCGAGCUCGUUACUAUCACUUGGCGAGUUCUCUACUGGACUAAGCGUUGACAAUGAUGAGUUCAGCGAUAGAGAUGCCGACUCAGCUGUUUUCGAUGUCAACGUCGCACAGUCAAGCAUGUCCGCAACAUCUAGCAUCUAUAAUUUCGUACACGCGCAUGGACGGACAUAUCAUCGGUAUAAACAAGGAAAAUACUGGAUGCCUAAUGAUGAAAGGGAACAAGAGCGUUUAGACUUGCAGCAUAUAAUAUGUCUUAAAGUAUUCAACGACAGAUUAGCUCUGGCCCCUAUACAGAACCCGCCGAGAGUAUUAGAUUUCGGCACGGGCACGGGCACAUGGGCGAUAGAGUUUGCUUUACAACACCCGGAAUCCGAUGUACUCGGCACAGAUCUCAGCCCCAUACAACCAGAAUACGUACCCCCGAAUUGCCGGUUUGAAAUAGACGAUAUAGAAGAUGAUUGGAUGUUUUCGUCGAAGUUUGACUAUAUACAUGGACGUCACAUGGUUGGGUCUAUCAGCAAUUUCCCUAAGCUCUUCACAGCCAUCUAUGAGAAUCUAAAUCCCGGCGGCUGGGUAGAGAUGCAGGACUACUACGUGAAGUUACAAGCCAUCGACGGGACGCUCGACGGGACGGCCUUGCAGCGCUGGAAUAACAUGUUAAAUCAUGCGUUGACCUUCACAGGCCGCAGCGGGCUUAACGGGAUCAAAUACAAGCGGUGGUUGCGCGAGGCCCAUUUCGAGGAGAUACGGGAGGAAGUCUUCGCCGUGCCGGGAAACCCGUGGCCCAAAGGUGCCGACCAGAAACAGCUAGGAGCGAUGCAGAUGGAGAAUAUCCUCGAGGGGAUCCACGGGAUGAGCAUUACGCUGUUUACGAAGUUCCUGAACAUGAGUAUAGAGGCCGUCGAGGCACUUCUUGUUGAAGUGCGCAAGGACUUGACGAAUCGGAAUAUACACUUUUAUUAUCCCAUGUGA